AUGAAUAAAAAAAAUGAUCAGGAAUUCAAAGAGCCUCCUCCAUAUUACUUUUUUGGCAUUCCUCUUCAUAAUAAGAGAGUGGCAUAACAAUUUUGCUUUAUUUUCAUCCUCGUCUUAAUUAUACCAUUUUCAAUGUUUUUUGGAUUAAGAGAAUCCUUUGGGGAAGUAGGUGCUGGUAUUUCAGCUGUUGUAUCCAUACAAUUGGUCAUUGCCUAUUAUGUUGUUAUGAUCAUAAAAGACCCAGAAAACUUCCCAAAUGCUGAAAAAGCAAGAAAAUAAAUUGAAGAAAGAAAAUUAAAAACUAAGCAAAGUCAAGUUGAAACAGAACCACUCAAACAGGAAAGUAAACCACUUAAGAAUAAAUCUAAAUAAAAUUGA